AUGGUGGAGUCAGAUUUGACGGUAGAAAUGAAAGAUGAAAGCAUCCUCCGCCAACUAACUUACUCAGUGGUCAUCAUGGUGGCGAGCCUUCUUGACCCACAACGGGGAGAUCCGGAAAAGGCUACCGACCCAAGUAAACAAAUUGGCACUGCUAACCAACCUUCCCCCGGCGACUCCAUACGCCGCUUCAUUCUUUCAUCCCCCCAAAUUCUCGAACCGGUAAUUCUCUUCUGCACACACGCGAUCCGCAUGAAGGACACCCGUUGUUGUGCCAUCAUAACUCGAGUCAUCCGAUCUAUUCUCAACGUAUUCGUUCUCGAAAUCGAUGAUCCCACUGCGAAGAGUAUCCGCGAGUUCAUCAGUACAGAUAUCCUAAAAGCAUGUAUCACAUCCGUCCACGAGCCCUAUUUUGUUGACAUGCAAAAGGAACUCGCGCAACUUAUUGCUUCAAUUUGGAUAGUAUAUGGGGCUACCAGCGACACGCCGACAAAGAUCAUAGAAAGCCUACCUGAUAUAUCAAAAAGCGAGAUUGCGGCUACAUAUACCAAACUCCGGGAGUCGCGGUCCAGCCGCCAACAAAAGGUUCUAGUUCUCGGUUUAUUAGAGGGCUUGCGGGGUGUAAGCAUUAGCGAACAGGGGCGCAUUGCUGCUCCCCCGCCUGUUCGAAGGAAGCCUAAAUCUGCACUCCAGGAACAUUACACGACGGAAAUGGAAGGACAAGAAGGAGGGAAAGUCGAUAUCAAUAAUGGCCCGGAUUUAACAGGAGUGGCAGACAUGUUUUCCUUAUGA